AUGUCUCGCAUCAAACAGACACUUAGUGUGGAAUUGGAAAUAGUUGAAACUCACGCUUGGAGUGACUCUACAAUCGUCCUCAAUUGGUUGGCAGUGCGCCACGUGACCUUCAAGGUUUUUGUAUCAAAUAAAGUACAGUCAUUACUUACGGACUUCCAGUGGCACCAUAUAUCGUCAGAAGAUAAUCCGGCUGACUGUGCUUCCCGGGGAUUAACACCAUCUGGUUUAGUGAAUCAUGUACUAUUUUGGAAGGGUCCAACGUUCCUCACGUCACCCACCGUCGAAUGGGCUACUCGUGUUCCUUCAUUUGAACCGGACCAACUUCCCGAGGCUAAGCAAGUUUUUGAGUGUUAUCUCACGCGCGUAGAGCUCGAUUCGGCGUCAUUGGCAAUUGUCCGAUUUUCCCAACUAACAUUCUUCAGCAAACUUCGUCAUGAAUUAAGUUGUUCAAAACCAAUAUCGGUGCGGUCUGUUGCACGACUCCGACCUUACAUUGAUGAUAGUGGCGUAAUCCGAGUAGGUGGUCGAUUAUCCAACGCUCAACUAUCAAACGAACAACGACAUCCAGUUCUAUUGGCAAAAUCGUCUCAUCUAUCUCUACUUCUAAUACGUCAUUGGCACGAUCUCACCGGCCACAGUGGUCCCCGCGUCAUAACAGCACUCUUGGGACGUCAAUAUUGGAUUAUGUCAGUGGGUAUUCUUAUUCGUACAGUCAUCAGUCACUGUACGCGUUGCGUUAGGCUGUCAGCCGCUAACCCACAACCGGUUAUGGCAGAUCUGCCGCGAUCCCGUGUAACCGAAUGUCGCCCUUUCUCCCGUGUAGGGAUUGAUUACGCAGGGCCGUUGCUGAUGAAGGAGCACCGUCUUCGGAAGGCGCGUCAGUAUAAAAUUUAUGUGGCAGUAUUCGUAUGUUUUGCAGUCAAGGCGGAACAUCUAGAGGUCGUGUCUGACUUAUCCACUAAUGCCUUUAUAGCUGCGCUCAAUCGGUUUGUCGCCCGUCGUGGUCUUCCCACCGAUAUCUACUCCAACUGCGGGACAAAUUUUCUCGGCGCCGCAGCCCAACUCAAAAACCUUAUAAACCGUCGAGACAACCAAGGUCAACUGUCGGCAUCUAUACAAUCUGUUUGGCAUUUUAACCCCCCAGGCGCACCGCAUUUCGGCGGCCAAUGGGAGGCGGCAGUGCGUUCGGCCAAGACCCUUUUAAUCCGCAUCAUGGGAGAGCACACAAUUACUCUAGAAGAAUUUACUACUAUAUUGUGCGACGUGGAGGCUAUAUUAAAUUCGCGCCCGCUCACUCCAAGCUCCACUGAUCCUAACGAGAUUGACUACUUGUCGCCAGGACAUUUUCUUAUCGGUCAACCGUUACUUGCGCCGCCAGAGGAAAACAUACCGCCCACUCAAUAUUCUUUGCAUAACCGCUGGAAGCUACUCAACCAAUGCGCUCAAGCCUUUUGGCGUCGCUAG